UCUACCAUUAUUAAUCAACUAGAAAGCCCCCAUGAUUUCUUCUCCCUGCAUGUCAGAGUAAAAAGUGAUGCUGGAUAACGGAUCCUCAGUUAGACUGAAGUAGAUACAGAAGAAGAAGAAGAGGAGGAGGAGGAGGUGUGUUUAACACAGAUAUUGUGGGGGGGAAAGCAGUGACAGCAGAAGAGAAGCGCUGACCAGCAUAGCGCUGAAUGAGACUCGAGACUCUCACUCCAACGCCUCCAAUUCCGCAGAUACCAACUGAAUGGCUGGAAUCUGGAAAUGGACCUAAACUGAUGCCACCACCACUGGAGAAACACAGUUUGUGAAUUAAAAAGAACGAUCCGCACAUACAUGAGUCGUGGUCAACAUUUUCUAACUACACCAUGAGGACUUUCGGAUUUUGGCUAUUGCUUUUGGUCUGGGUUAAUCAUUCCCAGAGAGGCUUUGCAACUCCACUGCCGGAAAGGACUACUACCAGCACCCAACCCAUAACAGAGGAGGACCAUCAAAUCCCAGACCAAAAUGAAAUGGAGAAGAGCCGAUCAAAAAGAAGCUGGAUGUGGAAUCAAUUUUUCCUUCUUGAAGAAUAUACUGGUUCUGAUUACCAGUACGUUGGCAAGCUUCACUCAGAUCAGGACAAAGGGGAUGGAUCACUUAAGUAUAUCCUCUCAGGAGAUGGAGCUGGGGAAUUAUUUAUUAUCAACGAAAAUACUGGUGAUAUCCAAGCAACAAAACGAUUGGACAGGGAAGAAAAGCCGGUGUACACACUGCGUGCUCAAGCUGUGAACAAGAAAACAGGAAUACCGGUGGAGCCCGAAUCUGAAUUUGUUAUCAAGAUUCAUGAUAUUAAUGACAAUGAGCCCAAAUUUACAAAGGACAUUUAUAUCGCCACUGUUCCAGAAAUGUCAGAUGUGGGGACAUUUGUCAUUCAAGUUACAGCCAAUGAUGCUGACGAUCCAACCUAUGGAAACAGUGCAAGAGUCAUCUACAGUAUUCUGCAGGGACAGCCAUACUUUUCAGUGGAGUCUGAGACAGGUAUUAUCAAAACUGCGUUGCCAAACAUGGACAGAGAAAACAGGAAACAAUAUCAAGUCGUUAUCCAGGCCAAAGACAUGGGGGGCCAAAUGGGAGGACUAUCUGGUACCACGGUGGUGAAUAUCACUUUGUCAGAUGUCAAUGACAACCCACCUCGUUUCCUUCAAAAUACCUAUCAAUUCCGAGCGCCAGAAUCUUCUCCUGUGGGCUCUUCAGUUGGCCGAAUCAAAGCUAAUGAUGCAGACGAAGGCGUGAAUGCCGAGAUUGAAUAUCACAUCAGUGACGGGGACGAAUCCAACAUGUUUGCUAUUAUCACCGACAGAACAACACAGGAAGGCAUUAUCAUUGUGAAAAAGGCCAUGGACUUUGAAAAAAAGAGGCAGUACACUUUGAAGGUUGAAGCAGUCAAUAGUUAUGUGGACCCACAAUUUAUGCUGAUUGAACCUUUCAAGGACAUUGCUACGGUUAAAAUAAUAGUGGAUGAUGUGGAUGAGCCACCUAUAUUCAAUAAACCAGCUUAUGUACUUGAAGUGAAGGAAGAUGCCGGAAUAAAUAGCAUUAUUGGGACCGUGACUGCUCAGGAUCCAGAUGCUGCAAGAAGUCCAGUGAAGUAUUCAGUUGAUCGUCAUACAGACAUGGACAGGAUUUUCAACAUUGAUUCUGGAAACGGAUCAAUUUAUACAUCAAAACCUCUGGAUAGAGAAACACUGCCUUGGCACAACAUUACUGUAAUAGCAACAGAGAUCGGUAAUCCUAAAGACAGCAGUCGUGUUCCUGUGUUCAUUAAGGUUUUGGACGUGAAUGACAAUGCCCCUGUGUUUGCCAUGUUGUAUGACAUCACUGUGUGUGAAAACGCAAAGGCUGAACAGGUAAUACAUGUUGUAAGCGCCAUUGAUAAGGACGAUUCUUUCGGUGGACACCAGUUCUCAUUUUCUCUGGCAGCACCAGUGGCCCACAGUCCCAACUUCACUGUCAAAGACAACAGAGACAACACUGCAAGUAUACUUACAAGAAGAAACGGCUAUAGCCGCCACGAGAUGAGUACAUACCUCCUGCCUGUGGUCAUUUCUGACUAUGGCUACCCGGUUCAGAGCAGCACUGGGACUCUGACCAUCCACGUGUGUGCCUGCGACCACAAAGGAAAUACACAGUCCUGCUCAGCCGAAGCACUUAUCCAUCCCACCGGACUGAGCACUGGGGCAUUAAUUGCAAUUCUCCUGUGCAUCAUUAUACUGUUAGUGACGGUUGUGCUCUUUGCGGCUCUAAGACGACAGAGAAAGAAGGAACCAUUAAUUGUUUCCAAAGAAGACAUCCGAGAUAACAUUGUGAGCUACAAUGAUGAGGGUGGUGGAGAAGAGGAUACACAGGCCUUUGAUAUUGGCACACUGAGGAAUCCAGAAGCCAUAGAGGACAAUAAACUACGUAGAGAUAUUGUACCAGAAACGCUCUUUUUCCCGCGUCGAACGCCAACAGCAAGAGAUAACACUGAUGUUAGAGAUUUCAUUAACCAAAGGUUAAAAGACAAUGAUACAGAUCCAACCGCACCUCCCUAUGACUCUUUAGCUACGUAUGCCUAUGAAGGAAAUGGUUCUGUGGCAGAGUCUCUAAGCUCUUUGGAAUCAGUCACUACAGAUGGAGAUCAAGACUAUGAUUACCUCAGUGACUGGGGGCCUCGGUUUAAAAAACUAGCAGAUAUGUAUGGGGGUGCAGACAGUGACAAAGACUCAUAAUAUAUUGCCUUUUUUCCAGUACGGGAGAAAAAAUCAGCAUCUAAAAAUGAGGAGUAGCUGUAUCUGUGGCUUCUAAUGGAGGCCAUCUGCUCAACCAAUUGUUUAAUAUUUGAAAAUUGUGCAGAUUUAAUGUCAGAUACUUUUUAUAGUACAAUUUAUGAGCUUCCAAGAGGCAUUUUUUUUUCAUUUGUUGCUUUGCUUUUUAUAUUUCCACAUUUUAGUGUAACCUUUUUAUCAAUACUGGUCUUAUAGACACUGUAGGGAAAAAGGGACAACGAAAAAGGGGCGAUAUUUGUACGCAGCCUACUCUACCUAAAAAAAAAAAAGCAUUUUGUUCAAUUAAACUAACAAGACAGCUGGUCCUAUGCGUCCCAAUGCCUUCCCAGAUGCCAAAUGUCUUGUCUAUAUCAUAUGGGAAUUACACACUAUAAACAUAAUUGGUUAGGGUGAACAAAGUUCCAUCCAGUUGGUUCAAUGGACAUCAUCAUCGUCAUGCUUUUGUGUCUCAUAGUUUUGAAUUCUCGUCUAUGUCAAACCAGUAUAAAAAAAAAGUCAAUGGAUGAACUGGAAAUAAAUCCAAUAUUUGAUUUGUUGUAACUCCCCUGAUUUGUAACGGGAGACAUCUAUUAGCACUCUCUCAUUUUGACAGCUUCAUCUUUGACAUUGUGGAAAACCCUGAGCUGGUUAAGGAGAGACACAUGGACAUUUUAUGUUUCAUAUUCUGAUAUUUUCAUAAUGGAAUGAGCAAAAGAAAAUCAUUUUUUUCUGCCUGUGAGAAGACAAUACCGGCUGUCAAGCGGGAAAAAAAAGUGAAAUAUUAAAGUAGACUGUCUUUCUCUUUCAAGAACAUCAAGGGAAUCAACACAUCCUUACUGGAUUAAGAUAACUUUAGGUGGUUUCACUUUAAAACACUAAACAGGAAAACAACGUAAUAAGAACUUAUUUUUAUUUUAAGUGAAAAUGUAGUAAAAUGUAAGCAACACAAGUAGUUUACGUACACCAAAAAAAUAUAACUAAUGUAUUAUCUGACGGAUAUGUAAUAAUAAUGGACAAACCUGAAUUUUUAAUUAAGUGGGGCAUAAGCCGUUUUUAUCAUCAUGAAGGAAAUUAUAUAUGUUAUUUACUGAUCAGUGUUAUUUUCAUCCAUUCAGUAUGAUUUGGGUGUAAUUCUUUUUUGUUUGUUUUAUUUAAAUAAUUAUAAAGCAGUUGUUUUGAUAUA